AUGGAGGCGGGAGCAGCACAUCUCCUGGUGGAGACGGAGCAGCUGGAGGCACUCGGCCCCGCCUUUCUACUAGAGGUAAGACUUGACGAGGGUGCAGGCUCUCUGCCCGAUGCCGACGUUGCGAUUCACCCCUCCUAUCUGGAAGCUGGCUGCGAUGAGAGCCGAUACUACCCGCACUACGAGCGGCCAGAGCACGGCAACCUUCUGCCUCUGCCGGAGCUGCAGAAGGCGAUCGCUGCCCUUGGAAUCUCAGGGGAACGGCUCGUCGUGGUCUACGGAACCGGGGACUACCAUGCCAUGAUCGCCUGCCGUGUGCUCUGGGGCCUUCUCGUGGCGGGCGUGCCAGAUGUUAGGCUGCUCAACGGGGGCCUGCAGGCCUGGAGGGCCGCAGGCAAGCCCAUCAAGGAUGGAAUGGAGCGCAUCGGGCUCCGGCGGCCCGCGCCCCAGGUAGGCGGGGAGCCGCCACGCUGGGCGCCGCGGCUCGAGUUCGUGGCCACCACGGCAGAGGUGGAGGAAGUGCAGCGCAGCCCGGAGAGCGCCCAGGUGCUGGACAUACGCAGAGAAGGAGAGUUCAACGGAACCAUCACCGAUGUCUACACCUUCUUCGCCGUGGCUGGGCACGUGCCCAAGUCCACCUGGAUCGAGAACUGGGACCAGCUGGUGGAAGAGGAUGGGCGCCUCGUAGAUCCCAGCAAGCUGGCCGUGAAGUGGCGCGAGAGCUUUGGUGUGAGAGACGGGGUGCGCCUGAUCAUGCUCUGCGGCACGGGAUGGCGGAGCACCAUCGCCUGGCUCCUGGCGCGCCUCAUGGGCCGUGCGGCCGCCAACUACGACGACGGCUUCUACGGAUGGACCUUUACGGGUGAGAGGCCCAUCGAACCGAAGCCGGCCCCAUCGCCCUCCGAGGACAUCCCCGACGGACCUUCAAAGUAG